CUAGAGUAUUUAUAAGUAUGGUGGAGAGGAUAUUUGGAAAGCUUCAGAGUAAGAGAAAAUGAAAAGGCAAACAAAAAAAGAGGAUGAAAUUUGCAAGAUGUAUUACUCAUUAUUUGUUAGUUUUGUUGAUUUAUCAUUACCUCUUUGUAUAAAUAUACAAGAUAAUAAAUUAAUAAUAUUUUGUGGGGGGUAUUGGGGCUUGCCUUCAGGGCUCUGAAUGUGCUCAGUCCCCGACUGAUGUCUGGACACUGGGGAGUGCUGCCUUUGGCUUGCAUGGCAGGUCUGAUGUUUCAUGUGCUAUGUAGGUUAGAGGUGGUAGAGAAAAAAAAAGCCUGGAGUUGGUUUAACUUCUGUCUUUCUUGGUGCUUUGUGGUUUUCAUUUCAUGCGGCCUUUAAACAUUAUUGAAGAUGUGAUUGGUGCUGAGUGGCAGCAGUGCAGGAUGGAACUGGAUCCUCAGACUGAUGAGCGGUCUAAUAGGCCUGUCUAAUGUAUCAUCGAUGGAUUGACUGCCGUCUCGGAGGAGACAUUUCAGAGGGAUUCCAGGAGAUGAAUUUCAGACAAAAAAAAGAGAGAGCAGCUUAAUAUUGGCCAGUGGAAAGACGCCCUCUUCUUGCGCAGCCGGGAUGUGCAGGGAGGAUUUAUUCCAAGAGGAAUACAGACGAGCAGUUAUAUGCUUCACAUGGUCGCUGCGUCUCUCUCACUAUCCCUCUCCCUCUCUCUCUCUUCUCAGCCAAUCUGCGCACAGUGACGCUGCGCAAAGGCUGGAUCUAGUCCUGGCUUCAUCAUCAUAUUUAACACACCCACCCAGAUUCACACAUGCUACAAGAGGUGCAAUCUCCUAUCCCGCUUUUACUCCUAGAGGUUGCCUGGCCCCUGCGGGAGGAUCUCUGUCUCCUGUUACCUGUGCGAAGGAUUCCGUUGGCUCGCCUCGGGUCAUUAAGUCGGGACUCGGUGUGACAGAAUUUACGCAUCCCGGAACACCGAGGUGGAUGAGAGCACACACUACUUUUCGGGGACUUUCCCGAAAAGCGUUUAAAAUGUGAAGAGCUUGCACUUCGUUGUACGUGUUUCUCAGUCCCAGCUGAUCCACGGCUGCUCUCUCCCCGCACAGGAUCGAGGUUGGAUGGUGAGACCGAUGCGCGCCCUCGAACCUCUUGGACACGCACGUUUAACGGAUCAUUUAUCACAGCUGCUUUUGGAUCCUACUCACUUGUCCGCUGCUCCUCCUGAAAUAUUUGGUGGUCGACAGUAGAUCGGCAGUGUGAAGAGGAUGUGGCUUGCGCAAAUCGACCGAUGGUCUGAACCGACUCGACGUGUCAUACCUGGACGCUUGCGGAUGAUUUUGCGCUUCUGAAACCCCCCGGACUCCCCGUGCGCACAAAGCAGGACUCUGAUGUUGAAAAUACAAAGGCUGAACACUGAAUCCUUUACUCAAGACGACAAGUGAAGAUGGCUCCUACGUGUUUAAUGUAUAUUUCAUUAGAUUGGCGUCCAGUCUAAUAAACAUCAUCAGCGAUGUAGUCAGCCUGUUCAUCUGCGUGCUGAUCAUUUGCAGUAAAUACUCACAUCUGCUCAAACGGGAGACCAUGAAGAUGAUCCUCUUGCGCAAAUUCCGGGUUCUGAUCCUCAUGGUGUUCCUCAUCGCAUGCUCCAUGCACAUAAUGAUAGACUUGUUACCCAAGCUGGAGAGGCACGGCAACAGCGGCUGCUCGUGCUCCCACACGCCGAGCGAGGAGCCUCAGAGCUGGGUGAAGCAGAGCUGGCCUGACAAGCACACGCUGCGGAUCCUCCAGGACUUCAGCAACGAGCCCAGCUCCAAUGUUUCCUCCCACUCCCUGGAAAGGAUCCCGGUUACAGGGGACAAAACGCAGGCUCUCAGGAGGCUCGAGCAUCUCGGGCAGCGUGGUGACAGGAAGAGACAGUUCAUCCAGGACGCCACGGUGACCAAGAACAUGCCGGUGAAAGGUUCAAGGUUGUCGGCUCUCUAUGAGCAUCCCUUAUAUAAAAGAUCCCUGCCACCUCUCACAGACGAGGACACGCUGUUCAACGUCAACACGGACAUUAGAUUUGACCCCAAAGCUGCAGAGGAUCAGACAUGGAAUACUGAAGGCAACAUAGAUGAGUUUGGCCCAACAGGGGAGCUGACGUCUGAUUCCUACCCCAACUGGCUCCGCUUCCAUGUUGGGAUUAAUCGAUAUGAGCUGUACUCCAGACACAACCCGGUCAUCGAUGCUCUCCUGAAGGACCUGGUCACCCAGAGGAUCACCAGUGUGGCAAUGAAGUCCGGAGGCACUCAGCUCAAGCUCAUCAUGACCUUCCAGAACUACGGCCAGGCUCUCUUUAAACCCAUGAAGCAGACCCGGGACCAGGAGACCCCACCAGACUUCUUCUAUUUCUCCGACUUUGAACGACACAACGCAGAGAUCGCUGCCUUUCAUCUGGACAAGAUCCUGGACUUUCGUCGCGUCCCUCCUGUGGCCGGCAGGCUCGUCAACAUGACGAAGGAGAUCCGAGAUGUCACGCGAGACAAGAAGCUCUGGAGGACGUUCUUCAUCUCACCAGCCAACAACGUGUGUUUCUACGGAGAGUGUUCGUACUACUGCUCCACUGAGCACGCUCUGUGCGGUAAACCAGACCAGAUAGAAGGAUCCCUGGCUGCCUUCCUCCCAGACCUGGCGCUCGCCAAACGCAAGACCUGGAGGAACCCGUGGAGACGCUCCUACCACAAACGCAAGAAGGCAGAAUGGGAGGUGGACCCGGACUACUGCGAGGAGGUCAAACAGACUCCACCAUAUGACAGCGGGACACGACUGCUGGACAUCAUGGACAUGACCGUCUUUGACUUUCUCAUGGGAAACAUGGAUCGCCACCAUUAUGAGACGUUUGAAAAGUUUGGAAAUGAGACCUUCAUUAUCCACCUGGACAACGGCAGAGGCUUUGGAAAGCACUCCCAUGAUGAGAUAUCCAUUCUGGUGCCGUUGACCCAGUGCUGCAGGGUAAAGAAGUCGACCCAUUUGCGCCUGCAGCUGCUGGCUAAGGAAGAAUACAAGCUGUCCAUGCUCAUGGCAGAAUCUCUGGUGAGGGACCGCCUCAGUCCCAUUCUCAUCCAGCCACACCUGGAUGCCAUGGACCGACGACUACGCCUGGUGCUGAACGUGCUGUCAGAAUGCAUUGAAAAGGAAGGCUACAGUAACGUUGUAGAAGACGACCUCCAGGGGCAUCAAGGGACAGACCAUGCCCACACCAGCCCACGACGGAGGUAGCUGUCCAGGGGCGCUGGUGGCUGGAUAGGACUGCCUCCUUGGAGACAGGAGAUCCAGUCUUUCUCUUAAAAACUGAACUCCUGUGACACAGAUGAGCUCCAUCUGUACCGAAUUUCUCAGAGGGCUUGAUUUCUUUUUUGCUGAACUUACAGCCUGUCUGCCUGAGGUUAAUAUAAACUGUCUGGAAGUGGAAGCCUGCUGGAUAGGACUGGACUUCAAUGUGCAAUGACUUGGAACUGCACAGAUGCUCGCAGGUGAUGAAUCUGGUGCCGGGGUCACAAACUAAACUGAACCAACCCCCCUCCCAAACAUCACCUAGACUCCUUAAAAUAUCCAGCUCUGACUCUAGUGUAGGAUAGUGUCACCGCACCAACCCACCGCAGCACUACCAAACCAUGAAAGUCUUGCAAGAGACGCCUUCUCUCUGUCUUGUUCAGGACCCUUUUUUUGAAUUCAGUGAAUUCUGAGGGACUUGUAAAGAACCUCCCGACCCCCUCUCCUCCCCUCUCUUCACAAGCUGAAUUAUGUGUUUAUACAUAUUGUUGGUAUUGCAAGUGUUUCGGUUUCACGGUGGAGGAGGAGGCGGAGGUUGACGUCCUAUUGUCUUAAUUAUCAAAAAUGAUGUUUUAUUGAUUUUGCUGAAAAAUGUUUUAUUGCAUAGUGUCUUUUUUUUUUGUUUAUUUGAUUUCCGCUGAGCCGAUUCAGCUUCUAUCAUUUGGUUUUCAAGAUGGAAAUAUUUGAUUGGAGUGCAGGUUUACUCCUGGAUUUAAUUUUUGCCCAUAAAUGUUACUUGUACUUGAGAGAGUAUUUAUUAAAAUUCAUAUUUAUUAUUUGAAAGGAAUACUGAAAAAGGAACUGAAGUGACAUCACAGUGGUGUACUUCCUCGUUUGUCCAACAGAGGGCAAACUGAGCAUGUGCAAAAGCAGCUGCCAGGUCCGUGCCUCUCAGUGAAGUUAACCCUCUCCAUAUUCCACCCCAUUCCAAGUAUCGAGCUCGCUUUGAAAUUGGUUUUAAAUCCACCACCAGUAGAUUCAAAUGCGUUUAAUCCGACUACUGUUUCUGUUUUAUCAGUGCAACAGAUAUGAGGUUAGAGUUAUGGUACCAAAAGCCAAAUGUGACACUAAUAGUUUUAUAUUAUUGUUUCUUUGUAAUAUAUUUGAUGUCCAGAUGUUGCUGUUGUGGAGAGAUUAUUUUUCAGGAUGUAUAUUUCAUUCAUUACCAACAGCUGAUCGCUUUUAACUGUUGGUGUCAAACGAUUCAGUCGCUGGCUGAAAGUUAAUAUAUACAGUAGGAAAAUCUAGUGCCUGUGCAAUGAUAGAAAUACUUGAAUGUCUGGUUUCAUAGCCGAAAGGUUUGAGCUCCUCCCAGGUAUGAGCUAUAGAUAAGAUACAGAGGUCUACAUAUGUGUGUGCUGACUCCAUCUGUUCCAUAAGGGUUUUAUUAUACAGUCUAAGUUUCCAUGGUCCUGUGUCAGGUCAGUACGGUGUGUAUGGGCGUGUGAGUGGAUCCAUGGAGGACCUUAAGAUGACGUGUUCUUAAAGUGAAAAAUGCUUCUUUUUUUUAUUCAACUCAUUGUUUCUGUGGAUUUUUUUGGGGUUUGUUUUUCAUUUCUUUGCAUCAUGGUUAAAGUGCAAUAAAACAAAAUAAGCAGAA